AUGCUUCAAAAUAGUAAUGUGCAUUUACGACAGGCUUAAAUACUUGUAGAGAUUCUGAUUGCUUUGAUAUAUCUUCUCUUACAUCAUCAAUUUCAUGUGAUUUAGGAAAUCCUAGGAAGACAUGUAUAUAUAUUUAAGGAACAUUCUACAAUAGAACUGAUGGGUUUUAUAAAGUUCCAGAUAAUAAAGCAUUUUGUGAUUUAUUAACAUUAAAUAACAUUAAUUGUUCCUACAUUGUAGGGGAAUUUUGUACUCCAAAUUAUAAGAAUUUAAAGAUUAUGAUGUUAUAAAUGUUAAUGAAAAAAAAGUUACAUGUAAUUCUUUAGUAAAUCAAACUGAUGGAAAAUGAAUUUAUGUUUGGGGGAUAUAAAUGUGUUACACUUGAGACUUGCCAUUCAUAUGAUGGUUCAGCAACUGCAAAAUUAGGACAACAUAAUGGUAAAGAGAUAACUCAAUGCCGUCCAAUAUUCAAAGCAAUAGCCACUCGUUAUCCAUGUAUUAAACAUGCCUCAGAUCCCAGAAAAUGCGAAACUUAAGUGCUGAUAUUGAUGGCAGUGAAAAUGGUUGCAAGAAUAAUGUCAGUAAUUGUAUAUUCUAUCAAAAUAAAUGUCUCUCAAAAACUUCACUUGCAUUAUAUACUUUCUAAGAUAAUGUGGGUAAUGAGAAUGAAAAACAAUUUUGGUGUGGAAAAGUUAUUGAUUCAAAUGACAACAAAUGCAAUUAUGAUAGUAUUAAAUGCGCUAAUAGGCUUUGUAGUGACUCAGCAACUGCCAGAUUUUAUACAGAUUUUGAUUACAAAAGUUAUUUGAAAACUUGUAAGACUGAUGAUUUUGGAUGUGUUGAUGCCAGAAGUAGUUGCAUUACUGUUUGAGGAAAUUAGGCCUUCCGCGAAUAAAUGCUUGAUAAUUCAGGGAAUGAUUAUUAUAAGUCGAAUACUGCAGUUGUUACUUAUGGCAAUUGUUAAGUAAGAACCUUUUAUGAUAAUGUAUUUGCUAAAUCUGAUGGAUAUUGUAAUAUUUGGAUGAAAGAUUGCGUAACCAGAGAAAACGUUGUAUACCGAAAGAUAGACCUUGUUCUGAAUAUAGAGGUACAAAAACUUAAUGUGAAGCAUUCAAAUAGUAUUCACAUUAUGAAAAUGCCAACAAAGUUGAUGUAUAUUUAUUAUGUUCUGGAAUGUCAUCCAAUAAGGAGGAUAGUAAGUGUAAAGAUAGAAAGUGCACAGACAAUACAGUUGCAACUACAAAUGAUGAAUGCUAAACCAUAUUUGGAUGGAUGUGUAACAAAAGGAAUAGGAUGUGUUUCGAAAUUUUUCAAUUGUUCAGCUUACUAAGGAACUAGAGAUACUUGUAGUAACUUUAAGGAAUCAAGUGGCUAUAAUUAUUGUUACAAUGUAGAAAAUGCAACAAAAACAUCAAACUGCUAAAAGUAGAAUUGUAGCAAUAUUUAAGGAACUAAUAACAAAAACUGUAACAAUGAAAUGAAACCAUUUAAUACACCUUUCUGUGUUUUAAUAAAACUGUUUGUGAUACUUAUGGUAAGAGAUGCGAGAUGUUCAAAGGAACAGAAGUCACUUUCCCAACUUAUAUAGCAUUAAAUGGUCCAUACAAAGCUACUACUUAUGGAACUAUUGUAGGAAGGUGUGCCAAAAGAGUUUUUAUAGAAGCUUCAAAUAAUUUGAAAACUGAUCAAGAGUGGCAAGAUUAUCAUCAAGAUUGUGUGAUUACUGGAUAUGGUGUACAUUUGCUGUUAAUAGCAAUUCUAUGAUCAAUUAAGAUUCUUGUAAAUUAAGACCAGAAUGCACAUGGGUGAAUUAAUACUAACCCACUAAGGUAUCAUGUUAUGAAUAGAGUGGAACAAGUCGAUCAACUUGUGUUAACACAGUUAUUACAAUGGAAAUUGAUAAUGUUAAAAUUAAAAAGUAUUAUGCUUGGACAGAGAUAGGUAAUUAAUGCAGAGAUCAGAAAUGUGAGGAUCAAUCUGCAACUAUUAACUCUCAUAAAUAAUGUAAUGAUUUUGAUAAGUCAUGUACAAGUGCUGAAAUUUGUUUCUGGAAAGGCUCUAAUUGCAAAUUGAAGGAAUGUUCAGAUCUUAUUGGAACCACAUAUGAUCGAUGCAGUCCUCUUAUUAAGGAACAGAUGGAACUUGUAUCUUCUCUUUUCCUAUAGGUUAAAAUACUGGAAAUAAACCUUAUAGAUUCAAGUUAUGUGAAGUUAUUGAUAAAGGAGUUAAUAUUUUGGUUUGCGGUGGAGUCAUACUUGGAAAAGUAUGUGUUUCUAAUACUAAAAAUUGUAUUCUAAAGCAGCUUGUUCAAUAUACAAAAUUUUAGAAGCAUGCAAUGGAGAAGGAUUAGAAGGAAUAAAUCAAGUUUAAUAUACAUUUUCGCCUAAUUCUGCCACCGAUUUAUUCAGUGGAACUUGCAAAGAAUGCAUAUAAUGUAAAGAUGCAAAUUAAGAUAGACUUGGUUUUGGGUGGCAAGACUUUUAGAAUUUUGCUAAAAAAUGUAACUAUUAGGCAAUAAUAAAAAUCGGUGAUAACAUUGAAAAGUAAAAGUCUCUCUAUCAUAUUGGGAGAUAAGAAAGUACCUAUUAUUUUAAAAAAUAAACUUCUUAUUAAAUCAAAAAUUAACCAGGAGAGCUCGUAGAUUUAUUCAGUCGUCUGUUUACAUAUUUAGAAGGUUUAUAUCAGAUGUAAAUAUUAACUUGCAGGUCAUGAA